AUGCCAUGCUGUUAUGUUUGUACUGUCAAACUGGACACCGAAAGUACACAGGUGUGUUCAAGCAUUACACCACAUAGUGAUACACCGUUUGCACAAAAAAUUGCUGAGAUGCUUGGAGAAGAAUUUGUGGCUAUUGUAACCCCCGCUGAUCAGGUGUGCCCGAAAUGUACCUCACUUUUGAUUCAUUUGGACAAAGUUGAAACUGAGGGGAAACUUAUCCAAAAAUUGAUGCUGUCAAAAGUACAAAAAAAAUAUGGAAUGUUACCUCCUGAUCAGGCUAUACAAGAUGUUGAGAUUGCCAAUGGACACUUAGUGACAAAGGAACAACUAAAUCAAGGUCAACAUAAGGUACCUAAUGGUUGGACCGAAGGAGUUUCUUCUACUGCAACUACUACUGCCGUUGUUACUCCGAUAAAAACUCCAUUAAAAUUAUUUAAAACUCAGCAACUGCUGGAAGAACAGCAACAACAACAAUUACAACAACAAAAACAACAACAACAAAAAUUCAAUGACAAAGCUAAAAUAUACCAGUGCGGCAUUUGUGAAUUCCAAUCGAAAGAUCUAUCAACUGUUCGAUUACAUAUGAACAUUCAUAAGAACAAAAAGGCGCUAGAAAGCCCAAUUAUUAAUGAAGCAACUGCUACAUCGUUAACUUUGAAACCGAAACAGAAAAAACAACUCUAUAGAUGUCAAGUAUGUUCCUACACCUAUAACACUCGAAAUAAAUGCAUUGAACACAUUCAGAAAGAACAUAAAAAGCCAACUACAUCAAACUCAAAUGAAGUAAAGGACAAAUUUAAUGUUUAUCAAAUCGUCAUGUCUUAUUUAUUUUAUAUUAUUUUUAGGCCACAGAAACUGAAGGAAAUGCAACUGUGAAAGAAGGCAGAAAAACGGAAAAUGCAGGCGAUGCAAAAGAGACUGAAAACUAUCAGGAAGAUACAACUGCAAAAGAAGUAAAACCUGAACAAAAACCUGAGCCUGUUCAACAAGAAGUCGAUGCAGCCAUGCCCGAGCAGGAAAAAUCUGAUCAAGAAACUCUUAAAAGUGUUAAGAAAGAAUUUGGAAAAGACAAUGCAAAUGUGGAAAGCUAGGCGGGUAUCAUAGACAUUGAAUCAAUGUUGGCCGCAAUGAAAAAAGAUAAUCCUACAACUAACAGUGGAGAUACAUAACACAAUGCUUAAGAUGUAUACAACUUAUUUACAAUCAAUGUUAUGUUUAUAAGCUCCAGUUUCACAAUUCCAAAUGUAUUCUUCUCUGAUGGUUUUUUUUAUUUAUAAGA